AUGGCGUCCAUGCAAGACAGUAUAUCUCUAUUGACCGAGCUUACGACCGACCAAGCUGAUAAAAUCGCCUCCUUGACGGAAGACCAAGCUGAUAAAAUUGCUUCCUUGACGAAAGACCAAGCUGAUAACAUCGCUUCCUUGACAGCAAUGAUGACGACUAAGUUAGAUGAGGCGAAGGAAGAGAUCGGGCAGCUGAAACGUGAUCUUUCGAGCUCGCAAAGCAAGAUAGAUGAGGCGAAGGAAGCGAUCGAGCAGUUGAAACGUGAUCGUUCGAGCUCGCAAAGCAAGAUUGCUCAGCUAGAAAACGGAACUGCUUCGUUUCACGACGAAACUAUGGUCGCCAUGGAUGAGCUUAAAAAUGAGUUUAAAAGCGAGCUGGCUGAAAACUCGGAAGAGAAACGAGCUGAGUUAGUGAAUGCAACUUCGUCCUUAAAAAACGAAUCUGAAGCCGUCAUGGAGGAGCUAAAAAGCGAACUUUCAAACGACAUAGAGGAUUUGGCUGCUAAGCUAGACGAUAUAGGCUGGCCAGAAGGGUCGUACUUUAUCUGCCUGGUGGCUGCCUCUCUCGCUGCUGAAGAUGUCCUUCGUGGUAUCCUCCGAUCCCCCAAAGAGACCCUCAAGCUCUACGGAGAUUUCAAAUCCCAGGAGCACCUCAAGUUCCUUGCAUCUGAAGACCGAAUGAGGUUCCGACUCUUCCGAUCCAAUGCUCAACUGGUAGCUCAAGCUAACGAGGAGGGAGGAUCUGCCGUAUUUGGCCUCAACUUCUUCUCUGCGCUGACUGAAGAUGAGAAGCAACAGUACCUUGGACUGAACGUUACUGGACAUGACGAGAACCCUAUGCACGUCGCCUCUUCUUCGCUCAGUGAUAAGAAGCCCCCAACAGAGAAACUGUGGACCAAUGAGGGUAUGGUUACAGCAGUAAAGAACCAAGGAAGCUGUGGAUCUUGCUGGACGUUCGGAGCCGUAGGAGGUUUGGAGACAAGGUAUCACGGAGUAUCUGGUAAACUGAGGAGUUUCGCAGAGCAGGAAUACCUGGACUGUGUCUACGAGGGACAGAGGAACGGUUGCAACGGUGGAUGGCCUGAUAACUGUUACGACUACUCCAGGAAUAACGGUGGAAGGUUGGCUUCAACUGCUGACUACGGGUACGCUGCUAAAGAUGGUAGUUGCAAAGGAAGUUCGAAACCCAACGCUAUGGUGGCUGCUAAAAUCGUCGGCUACACCAGGGUUAGCGCAACAGAGAAGGCGAACAUUGAAGCCCUUGCAUCAGGCUCCUUGUCCGUCGCUUUCGAGGUGACAAAUUACUUCCAACAGUACCAAGGUGGCAUCAUCCAAGACAGAACAUGCACCGGGAAACCAAACCACGCCGUCACAGCUGUAGGAUACGCAUCGAAAUUUGUCCUGGUUAAGAACUCUUGGGGAUCAACAUGGGGAGAAAGUGGAUUCGUGAAGUUCGAUCGAGGGUACGACCCCAAAUGCGGCCUCUUCAAGUACAGCAGCUACCCCAACCUUGAUACAACUGGACAGUCUGACAACACUCCUUCUGAUGAAGCUACCGACUACAGACCUUCUGAGGAGGAUAAUGUUAACCCUGACCCAAACUGCAAAGACAAGGCAACUAACUGUAGGUACGCUUGGUGCAACAGAGGGGGUAAAUGGGACAACAUAGUUAAGAAGAACUGCCAGAAGACUUGUAACAAGUGUGAUGGUGGAAAUGAUGGAGAGUGCCCCAGCGGCACCAUUAGAUGUUCUGACGGAGUGUGCCGACACGAACACAUGUGCUAG